AUGAAAUCAGUUGAGUUCCAGGUUCACGGAUUGCCAAUAGUUUCCAUUUCCAGCUUUACCGGGGGUGAAAUUUGGGGACGAGGACACGUAAUUGAAACCUACUGGAAAACAAGUUCGUUUCAUUACUUGACACUACUAUUUUGCAGUAUUUGAUAGGGGUAUCAAGCCGAGAAGGGAUGAGACAAAAUGAGGAUCAGGACAAACGUAAAACGAAGGGUUACAUCAAUGAAGGCGAAGAGGAAGAAAUGGUAAUUUAUGGUUAUAAAGAGCAUUUGCCGUUUCAAGUGGCGACUUGGAUUGGUUAUUUUCUCUCCCUGGGACUCCUGCGGCUCGUUUUUCACUGGUGGCCACAUCUCAUGCUUUAUGCCAAGCAUAAACAAUGCUCUCUGGACGAAGCGACGAAACUUCUUGUUAUCGAUUCGUUCGAGAAAAGGUUCAAGCUGAUGUUCGUCAAAGACGUUAGAAUAAUCUCAAUUUCAAAUUGCAGAGAAAAUAUUUCAACUUACUUAUACGUUGGUGAUAGUAAUGAAAAAUCAAUGAAUAGCUUGAAAAUUCAUUUAGCUGAUGGUAGAACAAAAGAAUGCUCAGACCUGAGGUUUGUCAAAGUUAAAAAAAUCAGCUACAUCUGGGAUCAGAGCAAGUUCAAAUUUGUCCGACUCGUAGGCCUUGAUAACGGUUUGAAACAGGAAAACUUUUCAAGAUUCACUGGUCUCACGUCGAACCAUCAAAAACUGAAGCAAUUGGCAUAUGGAUUAAAUGAAAUCAUAGUGCCCAUUUCGUCAAUACCCACUUUGGUACUGCUGGAAGUGCUGAACCCGUUCUACAUUUUCCAAAUAUUUUCCAUGUCGGUGUGGCUAAGCGACCAGUACUAUUACUACUGCAUAGCCAUUAUCAUAAUGUCAGUGUUUGGAAUUUCUUCGUCAGUCUAUCAAACACAUAAAAAUCAAAAACAUUUGAACGAAACCAUCCAUUCGACGGAUGUAGUGACUGUUAAAAGGGGUGAGAGCGGUUAUGAAGAAAUCGAAACAUCCAGUUUAGUCCCAGGUGACAUUAUAGUCAUCCCACCCCAAGGAUGUACGGUGCAUUGUGACGCCAUUUUAUUAAACGGACAGUGCAUUGUUAACGAAAGCAUGUUAACAGGUGAAAGUGUUCCUGUAACGAAGAGUUACCUGCCGAAAACCUCCAAAGUUUACACUGCUAAAGAAGACAGCCAACACACCCUAUUUUGCGGCACGGUUGUGAUACAGACUAGGUAUUACGGUACUGAAAAGGUACACGCCUUGGUGACCAGGACCGGCUUCUUGACAGCAAAAGGCGAUCUGGUGCGGUCGAUCCUUUACCCGCCACCGGCAGACUUCAAAUUUGACCAGGACUCUUUUAAAUUCAUUUGGCUUCUGGCGUUUAUUGGGAUUCUAGGAUUCGCAUAUACCAUUUAUAUUAAGACUUCAGAUAACUUGGAAUUGGUUGAAAUUGUAAUAAAAUCACUUGAUCUAUUUACAAUUGUCAUUCCGGUGGCUUUGCCGGCUGCGAUGACGGUCGGGAAGAUCUACGCUCUCAAAAGACUGAAAUCGAAGAAGAUAUCCUGUAUCAAUUCCAGGGUGAUUAACGUUUCUGGAUCGGUGAACUGCGUCUGUUUUGACAAGACGGGCACUUUGACGGAAGAUGGCUUGGACAUGUGGGGCGUCAUUGCAGUCAAUGAAAAAUAUUUCGACACGCCGUGCUCCAGACCAGGCGAGACGACGAAUAAGCACUUGCUGCACGGAAUGACGACUUGCCAUUCUGUGGCGAUGGUGAACGGGGCUUUAUGUGGUGACCCGAUCGACACCAAAGUCUUCGAAAGCACCAAUUGGACCAUUCACGAGCCGUCGGUCCCAGACGAAAAGAAGUACGACUUGUUAGCACCAACCGUCGUCAGGCCUCCUGCCACCGAAGUUGAUUGUUCGACGGAGACGGAGAUUGGCAUAUUGCAUCAAUUCGCUUUCGCUUCUGACCUCCAGAGGAUGAGUGUGGUGACCAGACAACUCGGCAGCAAAGACCUCAUUUUAUAUUGCAAAGGCUCGCCCGAAAUGAUUAUAUCGCUGUCGAACCCAGAGACCGUGCCUUCGGAUUUCAUGCCGAAAUUGAGGGAAUAUACUGAACAGGGCUACAGGGUAAUCGCUCUCGGAUGGAGGAAGCUUGAGACAGUGAGUUACCACAAACUGGACAGACUGAGACGGGAGGAUGUCGAACGUGACCUGAACCUGGUCGGUCUCAUCAUCCUUGAGAACAGGGUCAAGCCUGAGACGAUUCCUACUAUUGAAGUUCUAAAGCAGGCUAAAAUCAAAAUAAUCAUGAUCACUGGUGACAACAUUCAGACAGCUGAAAGUGUGGCUAGAGAAAGCGGCAUUGUUUCUCAGUUCGACACGAUUCUGGAGCUCAGCGUUGGCAGCAAUGAAUCGAAGCAACCCGAAAUCUUUUACACGAAAGUCACCAAAGCCCAAGGCUUGACGAGUGACAUGUAUCAGAGGUUCACAAAAGAGGUUCUCGACCACGGGAAUUAUAAAAUUGCCAUGACCGGCAAAGUUUGGGAAGCGAUCAGAGGUUCUAGGGAGGAAUUCUUUCCCAACAUCUUGUACAAAAGUGUAGUUUUUGCAAGAAUGGCGAGUGAACAGAAACAGCAGGUUAUAGUCGAAUUGCAACAAACUGGAUAUUACGUCGCAAUGUGCGGAGACGGCGCUAAUGACUGCGGAGCUCUGAGGGCGGCCCACGUCGGAGUAUCUCUGUCUGAGGCGGAAGCUUCUGUAGCUUCUCCUUUCACUUCCCGUGUGCAGAACAUCUCCUGCGUUGAGGUGGUCAUCAAAGAAGGCAGAGCCGCGCUGACCACGUCCUUCGGCGUUUUCAAAUUCAUGAUAAUAUACAGUGUGAUCGAGUUUUUCUCGACCAUCCUCUUGUACAACAUCGGCACGAACCUGACCGACUUCCAGUUUUUGUACAUCGACAUGGCGCUGGUCCUAAACUUCGCGUCACUUUUCGGCAGGUGCAAGGCGUACCAUGGACCCCUCGUGGCUCAAACACCAAUGCCCAGCAUGUUGCACAUUUUGCAGAUUCUUUCCCUCAUUUUCCAAGCCGUGAUCAUCGUCAGUAUUCAACUCAUUUCGUCGUACGUCGUCCGACAGUAUUCCUGGUUCGAGCCGUUUCAAUACAAAGGGUACAAAGAGUACAGAUCGUACGAAAACUUCGCGGUGUUCAGCGUCUCACAGUUCCAGUACAUCACGGCUGCCUUCGUCUUUUCACAAGGGCCUCCGUUUCGAGAACCAAUUUACACGAACAAAAUAUUUUUCGCCUCGAUAUUAACGAUGAUUCUUGUUUGCGUGUACGUAACUUUAUAUCCUAGUGAGUGGAUAGUAGACGUUUUAGAGUUCAGAUACCCACCGGAACCUAAUUUUCCUAUUAUGGUGAUACUCUUCGGUUUGGUUCACUUCCUGGUUUCCAUGUUCUUCGAAGAUUUCUUCAUUAAUUGGUUUCUGUUCAAGAAAUUACGAUGGGGUGUAAAAUGUAAUAAACCUUUGAAAUAACUCUAAAAAAUGAAUUAACCAACUUUUAAUAAUUUCCACGAUAAAAAAUGAUUUUCCAUAAUGAAAAAUGAUAUUAUAUAAUGGCUGAUUCCUCGGUUAUUCUAUUUUAUAGAUUUUAUCCUCUGUUAACAACAGUUGCCACUUAAAAUAGUUAGUAAUUAAAAAUAAGAAAACAUAAUUAACAUAUUUGUUAUUUAAAAAAGAUAUAUUACUUGUACAAAUUUAUUUAAAACAAUAAAUUAGCUUUAGAUAUACCAUUGGCGAUGUCAGCCGUCGACCAGGAGUUAUCGUACUGUAACUUUCUAAAUAUUUUAUUUUUCAUUCCUUCUUGUCCCAAAAUGACAGUAUUAAUACUAAGUUUACAACGAAAUUAGAUAGACACAGAAAAUCAAUUUAAAAAAGAAAAAGUUAUCAUAAAAAAUGAUACAACAAAUAUGAUGUGAAAAAAAUAAAAAGAGAAACGAUAUACAAGAAAUUCUUUCCAAUUAAAAAUAACAUUCGAUUUUCCCCAGUAAUUAUGGUUUACAAAUAGAAAUAGUGUACGCUAGUUUUUUAAAUCCUAGGCAUGUAGAAUAUAUAAAAUGGAAUAAUCGAGGUUUAAUAAUUUAUCAGGGUGGAAUAUUCAACAUCUAACAUAAUUUUUGCUUAGAAAAAGUUCAAACAAACCUUUUAGCAAUAAUUAUUUAUUUAUGAUGAAUUAUGAAAAUAUUGCGAUUUCUUCGACCUGAACGAGUACAUGCUGUUCUUGCUCAUUUUUCAUCAGUUCAUCCGUGUUGUAUUUUGUAUGUAUAUAACAUUAAACACGUUUAUAAAAAUUAUCAAAUAUGAUAGAUAAGUGGCGCAAAAAGUACCUUUUGUAUAUGUAAAUUAAAUAAAAACAGACAAUUUUAGAAUAAAUUACAUUAUGAACCUUUCUUAGACUCGUAUUUUUAUUAUAUUAUAUUUGCUAUUGUUUGUUUUAUGUAAUAUUGAAAAAGAUAUUUCUGUAUUAGUGGACAUGACAAUUUUUUCGUUCAAACCAUUGGAUGAAUUGUUAUAUAAUAUGUUAGCGAACAUUUGGUUUUCUUCCGGAAUGUUACCUCAUUUUGACGUAACACUUUUCAACAUUGUAAAUCUUUCAAUUUAUUUGUUCUUGUAUAUUAAAGCGUCAAAUAAUUUCGAACCUACUGGGUGGUGGGAAACUAUAUCUGUGAUAUAUUAUAAAAAUGAUCAAAUUUUAUGUAAAUAAACACUUAUGAAAUAUAAGUUAUUUUUUCGAG